GAUACGCAGACACAGAACGCACUUCCUCCCGUUUCUGGAGGAGAAAUUAACAUGUUUUGACAGGAAGGACUCGCUGAGCUUUGAGUGUUCGCUGACACCAUUACAGCCCCGCGAGUGGUGUAUUUUAUAUAUAUAUAUUUUUUAAAGAAAUGUUGUCGUUGAAGACGUUGCGCAUUUUGUGCUCAUCGGGGGCUUUACUGCACCACGGCCGCCUCGCGACGAGGCGACAGACCGCUUAUACGACUGUUACAUGUCGGACGCGUUGCAUGAGCAGCAUCCCCGUGAAGGACACACGGCACAGCUGCCUGAAGCUCGAAGCGCGGGGGAGGGAAAGGAAGCUCAUCGACUCCACGACUCCGGCCAGUUCCCACAGGAGCUUCUGCACAGGUCAAGUCCAAGUGCGCUGCUGGAAGUGCGAACAGCCGCUCGAUGCAAAUCCCGCCUUCUUCUGUACGUCAUGCAACGUCAUCCAGCCCCCGGAAGAAGAUGCGUCCUACUUUAAAACGAUGGAUUGCGACUUCACGUUCUCGGUGGACACACAGAAGCUGCAGAGAAGAUACCUGCAGCUCCAGCGGGCUCUACAUCCAGACAACUUCAGCCAGAAGUCUGUGGUAGGCAGGAGAUGUGGGCGGGAACCAGAAUGCACAUCAGUCCAGUUACAUCUGUUAGUCCAGACGGAACAGGAGUAUUCAGAAAGCCACUCGGCUCUCGUGAACAAAGCAUACCAGACUCUGCUUAAGCCUUUGAGUCGUGGUCUUUAUAUGCUGGAGCUGGAGGGGAUUCGUACCGAAGAGGGCACCGACCCCGGGGCGGACCCGCGUUUCCUGGCGGAGCUGAUGGAGAUCAAUGAAGCUCUCGACGGAGCACUGACGCCAGAGGACGCCGAAGAGAUCGGCCGGCACACAAAGGGGAAACUGGCAGUCUUGACGGAGGCGAUAGACGCUGCCCUUCUUGAAGGAGAGCUCCAAGCCGCCAAAGCCCUGCUUGCCCAAAUGAAGUACUUUGCAAACAUCGAAGAGAAAGUGAAGGAAAAACUUUCUGAAUUCAUGUGAUCCCCCCCCACCUUUUAUUUUGUGUCUUUAUUUAAUAUUUAAAAAAAACUGUUUGGCACACAAAUUAUUGCACAUUUGUUUUUGGAUUAUGUAAAGCCAUUGUUCAAGUUGAAUAAUACAACUAAUUGUAAUCCAUCAUGAUUUGUACUUAAUCUUCCUUAUUUUUUUUUUUUUUUAUAAAAACGGCACAGAUACAAGGGUGUAAUUGGAUACGUAGCUUAUCUCCUUUUGAUAUUUUGGAAUUUCCUCGAGCCUAAUCAUAUCCACUUGUACCUAAUGUAUCAUUAAAUAUGACUGAGAUCUAUAA